GACAUACGAGUGGGGAAUAGGUCGUACCAUCGCGAUGAAUCGUGGCUCAUUCUUUCAUAUACCUGUCAUGAGUACGGACGUCCGUUAUCAUAAACUCGAGUUAACAUCACAGCAGCAGGACUGCAGAACUUUUAUAAAUAUCGAAUUUUAGUGAAAUUGUACAACUAGUGAUAAUUUAUAAUAAAAUAAUAAACAAUGGAAGAAACUAUAGCAUUGAUAAAAUCGUGCAUAAUUUCGAAGAAAGGAGGUGUGCCAAUUGGAGAUCUAAAUGACGAAUUUCAAAAUCUCGUCGGAGAGCCUAUUCCUUAUCGUAGAUUGGGAUUUUCGAGUCUCCGUGCAUUUUUGCGAAUUAUAGAUGGUUUGGAGACAAAACGGAAUGAAUUUGGUGAACAGAUAUUAAAGAUAAACGAUUCUAAGAUUGCUCAUAUCGAUAGACUCAUACGCUAUCAAAAGGUCGACUAUUCGAAAACAAAAAACAAAUAUUAUAAACAAUUUGCACAUCGCAAGAAUAAUUCUGAAUAUAACGAUGAUCGUAGGCAAAGAAACAGAGCAACACACAAUAUCAAUCGUGCCAAUAAGCGAAUUGAAGAUCUUGAUUAUCGUCGUGAUCCGUAUUUGUCAAAAACUCAUGGCUUUCAUGAAAAUAACAGCUUUUCGUACGAAGAAGAGAAUCAUUGUCCGGUAGUAAUAGAACUGAAUGAAACGAAAGAAAUUACCAGCAUACAUGAACCUACUGCAAGUGGCCAGCAAUUGCUCGGCGAUGAUUUUUUCCUGCAACUCGCAAUACGAAAUCUUCAUCUUCCCAUCUGGAGAUAUAAAGAUAAUUUAGCAUUACACUGUGGUUUGUGUAUCUCUGGCCAAACCAUAAGUGAUUGUACUCGAUCUUUGAGGAAUAUUAGCACCAUCUCCAAUCGUGUCGUGAUCUUGCUUGGUUCAGUUGAUGUUUACAACGGCGCCACUUGCGAGGAGAUGAUAUAUGAUAUGACGGAACUUUUGCAAGUUCUUCGGUCCAAAUUUCAUCUUUCAAACUCGGCCAUCACUAUCUGUACAAUUCCACCCUUGGCCAAUCUCAGCAUUUACGCCUAUAAAAAACAAAGCUUGGCGUUAUUUUGCUUUAAUAAUUGGAUCAGAUCUCUGGCUGACGAUGCAUCUAGAAGAGACGCCUCUUUCGAAAGCUAUCCGAUAAUAGAUUUGUUCGAAAGUUUCUGCAAUGAAACAUACGUUACUGAGUACGACUGGUUUCAAACCCAAGCACGCAGAGUGUCUGGAACUAAACAUUCUUAUGUGUUGUGGAAUAAUAAAGGACGAAAGCGAGCGAUGAGUCUUAUUUGCGAAAAAGAAGACGUAGAACGAUCUAGAAGUCCCAAUUCAUUGCGGAUGCAAUGAGAGUUAAUAGGGAUCUUCCGCUGUAUAUGAAUUGCGAUAUAAGAAAAAAAGUAGGAUGAUAUACCUCGGAAGACCUUAUUCGUCUUUCGCGACGACUGCUGUUUCGAGGCUCCUCUCCGAGAUGUAUCCUCCUGCUUUCUUUGCAGAUGCACGUACGGUAAUCGAAUCCAAUUUGUAUUUAUAUAUUAAUAAUAUAUUGUGCCUUGAACGGAAAAAAUUGUACAAUGUCAUCUCACACGUACAUAAAUCGCUUUAUCGUGCUUAGUCAAAGGACUGUUAUACAGGAUACUAAUUUAAAAAAAAGCAGAAACAAGCUUUUUACUUCAUUUCAAAAAUUAGUAAUUGUAAUCUAACAGAGCGAAAUUUCAGGCUCUACAUAAGUUUUUCAGAAGUAUAUAAUUUGAAAGGCUUUACCUUUCAAUCCUGAUUCAAUACUGAUUUUUACCGGGCAUUAUAUAAUUUCGUUUGUUCGCAUUUUAAGAAAAGUGCGGAUGUAAAUCUCUUAUUGUUUAAUCGCAAAAUUAAAUUAUUUUAUAUUGUAAGCGCUCAUUUCACAUGAUAUCCGGAAGGUUUAAAUAGAAGACAAACAAGCUCGUAUUUAAGUCUAUCGAAAGAAAUAUAGUGCAUUUUUUAAUUAAUUGCGGGUAAUUUAAAAAUGACACACAUACUCUUUUGAAAUUAUACGAGCGAACAUUAAUUACUUUCCAUGCCAUGUGUUUAAAAUUAAUUUUUCUUAUACAUACGUUUAAU